AUGGGUAACAAGACUUCCAAGUUAUCUAAGGAGGAUGUUACUGAUCUGAAACAAGCCACGUACUUUGACCGUCGUGAGAUUCAACAAUGGCAUAAAGGUUUCCUAAGAGAUUGUCCCUCGGGUCAAUUGACCAGAGAGGAUUUCGUUAGGAUUUAUAAGCAAUUCUUUCCUUUUGGUACACCUGAGGAGUUUGCUAACCACCUUUUCAGCGUUUUUGACAGGGAUAACAACGGGGCCAUUGAUUUUAAAGAAUUUAUUACCGUGUUAAGUACUACAUCUAGAGGCUCACUGGAGGAGAAACUAAUUUGGGCUUUUGAUCUAUAUGACUUGAAUCAUGAUGGGUAUAUAACAUAUGAUGAGAUGCUGACCAUUGUCACCAGUGUGUAUAAGAUGAUGGGUUCCAUGGUGAAAUUAAAGGCAGACGAAGCUACGCCGGAGUUGAGAGUUUCCAAAAUAUUUAGAUUGAUGGAUAAAGAUGAAGAUGGUUAUAUCACGCUGGAUGAAUUCAAAGAGGGAUCUAAGAUAGAUCCAUCUAUCAUAGGUGCUUUGAAUUUGUAUGACGGGUUGGUAUAA